AUGGUUAUUAAACUUUCAAAGAAAGCUGUUAAAGACAUCAACUAUUACAAAUACCAUUUGUAUUUCAAUAAAUGGUUUCAACGGAUUACCUCACCACCUCCGGCUCCUCCUCUGCACCUUGACGGCCCGCGAACCCCACCCUCUCUCCCUCCGGGGGAGACGCUGAGACCACCCCCCGCUCGCUCUCUCACACCCCAACCUCGCGAACGGAGCGCCCACGGGUGCGCACUGGGCGCCAGCCAGCACUCCCAGAAGGCUCCGCGGCGCGGCCGUAGCAACGCGCGGGUUCCAGUAAGCCAGGUCCGCGGUCCCGGCCUCCUCACGCCCCGGCCGGCGCUGCACGGCCUUCCGGCGCUGGACUACAUUUCCCAGAGCCACCGCUUCCGGAACACCGCCCCAUUGCCGUCUGCUCGCGAGAUUUGCGGGCCUCGUGUCGGAAAAGGCCGCUUCCGUGGAGGGGUUCGGCUCCGCGCCGCAGGGCUCGCGAGCUCGCUGUCGGGCUUGGAACCAGGCGCCAGAUCUUGGAGUCUGGCGGAACUGCACGUCUGUGGGAGUGAGCGUGCCCGUAGUGCCAGGGCGGAAAUGUUUGGAGGGAGCGUCGCUGGAACUGCGUAUGUGGCCGCAUCUCCGGCUUGAGACUGGGUCUCACUCAGGCUGGUUUUGAACUCCUGAC